CCUAAGCUACGCCAGCUUUAUUUCUCCAAAGGCUAGGGGAGCUUGGAGAAUUUGGAAGAGUGAGAGGGAGAUGAUGCAGAGGUUUAAGGCAACCUUAUUGCUGAGACGCAGCCUUCAUAGCCCUCUCUUCCUCAACCACCACAGAACCCUCUGCUCUCUUCCGGACAGUGCUCUUGCCGAGGACCUUGACAGCCAAGUAUUGGUUGAGGCCAAAGCUUGGUCCAGAACAGCGAUUCUGAACAGACCCUCGGUGCUCAAUGCUCUCAGUACAGCAAUGGGGGCUAGAUUACAAAAUCUGUACACAUGUUGGGAAAAUGAUCCUGAUAUCGGUUUUGUGGCAAUUAAGGGCAGUGGCAGGGCAUUUUGUGCUGGUGGUGAUAUUGUGACACUUUAUCAUAUGAUAAAUGCAGGGAAGAUUGAAGAUUGUAAGGAAUUUUUUCGGAAGAUAUAUACUUUCAUAUACUUUCUAGGUACAUAUUUGAAGCCACAUGUGGCUCUUUUAAAUGGCGUUACUAUGGGUGGUGGGGCUGGAGUUUCAAUCCCUGGGACAUUUAGAGUUGCAACUGAUAAAACUGUUUUUGCUACCCCUGAAACUCUAAUUGGUUUCCACCCUGAUGCUGGCGCAUCAUUUUACCUCUCACAUCUACCUGGUCACCUGGGGGAGUACUUGGGUCUAACAGGAGAAAAACUCAGUGGAGCGGAAAUGAUUGCUUGUGGGCUUGCUACACAUUAUGCACAUACUGCAAGGCUUCCAUUAAUUGAAGAACAACUUGGAAAAUUGGUUACUGACGAUCCUUCUGUCAUUGAGACUUGUUUAGAAAAAUAUAGUGAGCUUGUCUAUCCAGAUAAGACUAGUGUAGUCAACAGAUUUGAAAUGCUUGAUAAAUGUUUCAGCCAUGACACAGUUGAAGAAAUUAUCGAUGCUUUGGAGACUGAGGCUAGUAAAACAAACGAUGCGUGGUGCGCUUCCACCCUAAGGAGACUCAAGGAAACCUCACCAUUAAGCUUGAAGGUUUCUUUGAAAUCUAUACGAGAAGGAAGAUUUCAGAGCCUUGAUCAGUGCUUAAUCCGUGAGUACCGAAUGUCCCUACAAGGAAUAUCUAAUCUGAUUUCAAGAGACUUUCGCGAGGGGGUUAGGGCACGGAUGGUAGACAAGGACUUGGCACCAAAGUGGGAUCCUCCGAGCUUGGAACAAGUGUCUGAAGACAUGGUGGAGCACUAUUUUUCCCCGCUUAGUGAAUUCGAGCCUGAUCUUGAGCUGCCCACGAAACUUCGAGAAGCAUUCUCGUAGUUCAUCUAGUUGUAACAAGUUGCUUUCUGCUUGUAUGCUCACAAAACUUAGAGAAGCAUUCAUGUGGUUCAUCUAGUUGCAAUGACGCUUACAAAAAAUAAUGUAGGAGCAAAGCCAAUAGGUAUUUUGCAGGAAACUGCCUAAAUUGUAGCCUCUCAUCAAGGACAAUUAUCCAUGGAAAGGGGAAAACUAUCCCACGAUUUUGUUGCUUAUUGGUGACCUUGGGGUAAAAGGAUUAAUAAACAAAAAGAAAUCUUUGGCUUUUGGACUCUUA